AUGACUGAAGAAAUUCCAACGGAAAUGAACGUUUUCAUACCUCCCGUACCUCCUCCUCCUCCUCCUACCGCUCCUUCCGCUCUCCCAUCAGAACAAUUAUUAACCAGCUCAUCAACUGCUAUACCUGCUAAAUCUUUAACACAUUUGCCAAAGCGUCCACCUGUUGAUAUCGAAUUUAGUGACAUCACGUAUACCGUACCCACAGCAAAAGGUUCAAAAUUAAUACUAAGAAAUUUAAACGGUUUAUUUCGUUCGGGUCAUUUAACUGCCAUAUUGGGACCCUCGGGUUCUGGAAAAAGUACACUACUCAACGUGCUCGCCGGUUACAAAUCGGUCGGUUGCGGCGGAACGAUUUUAACAAACGGACAACCCAGAGACAUGGGUUUAUUUAGAAAAAUAUCAAGGUACAUAAUGCAAGAGGAUAUAAUACAACAUAAUUUAACCGUAGAAGAAUGCAUGAUAAUAUCGGCAAAUUUAAAAUUAGGAAAAUCUAGAAACAAAGAAGAAAAAUUAGUCGCCGUAAACGAGAUAUUGGAUAUAUUAAGGCUAAAUAAUUGCAGGAAAACAUGGACGACAAAAUUGUCCGGAGGUGAAAAAAAAAGACUGUCGAUAGCUUUAGAAUUGGUUAAUAAUCCUCCCGUUAUUUUCUUAGACGAACCAACGACGGGUUUGGACGAUCUUUCAUCGUCUCAAUGCAUUUCGCUAUUAAAAGUUCUCGCAAUGGGUGGCAGAACGAUAGUUUGUUCCAUUCACACUCCGAGCGCGAGACUUUUUUCAAUGUUCGAUCACGUAUACAUAGUAGCACACGGAUACUGCGUAUUUCAAGGUUGCGUGAACGACAUAGUACCAUUUCUUCAAACGUUCGGUUUCAAUUGUCCGACACAUUACAAUCCGGCGGAUUUCAUUAUGGAAGUAUCUUCCGGAGAAUAUGGUAAUUACAUAGAUAAAAUGGUGGCGGCCGUUGAUAAUGGUAAAAUAUACAAAUGGAUGAAUCCGAAUGGCGACAAAUCGGAACCUUUGCCCACGUCGAGAUUGACACCUAUACAAAAUAAUAAAAAAGAUUACAAUUUCGAUAGUUCCGGAUGGUUACAAUUUAGAAUUUUGUUUAAAAGAAUGUUAUUGCAACUACUGAGAGAUUAUAAAUAUUUAUUGUUAAAAGUAAUCCUGUAUAUUUUCGUGGCUUUUCUCGUCGGAGGAAUGUUUUUUCAAAUGGGUAACGACGCGUCGAAAACAUUAUUCAAUUUGGGUUUUUGUUUCGUCACACUAAUAGCUCUCUUAUACUUUCCAAUGAUGCCCGUGCUUUUGCAAUUUCCUUCGGAGGUUCAAUUACUCAAAAGGGAAUAUUUCAAUCGGUGGUACGGUCUCACGUCUUAUUUUUUCGCCAUGUCAUUUUCCAGACUUCCGAUACAAUUGCUUUUGCCUAGCAUAUACACGAUAAUCGUUUACAUUCUCACGAAUCAACCGCUCGAAUUGUACAGGUACCUUUGGUUUUGGUGCAUAAGUUUGAUCGUUGCCGUCACGUCCGAAAGUUUUGCACUCGUUCUAUCAUCUUCUCUGAGCGUUGUGAAUGGUAUUUUCACCGGGCCAGCGCUUUCCGUUCCUCUCAUGCUUCUCGCCGUUUACGGUUUAGGCUACGGAUCCGCCAACACUCCGGUUUACAUGAAAUUAUUCAUGUCAUUGAGUUAUCUACGAUACGGCCUCGAAGGUUUGGUCACGGCUAUUUACGGUGGAAACAGACCUAAUUUAAUAUGUCCGGCCGAAGACAUAUAUUGUCACUAUCGGAAUCCGAAGACGAUCAUCGAUUUGGCCGGAAUGGAAAAUGCGAGCUUGUGGUAUGAUGUUACGGCACUCUUCGGAAUCGCUUUCACUUUUCGAAUUGCCUGUUUCUUGCUUUUGAGGUAUAGACUCUCCAAGAACAAAAAAUUCACGGCUCUUCAUCGUAUCAGCAGGAUAAUCAAAGCGAAUUUCGACCUGACAAGAAAAUAUUCGUAA